AAUGCAACGAAUCGAAAAAAUUGAGACCAGCGACUUCCAAUCACAGCGAAAACUUUAAGAACGUGCCGUUUGACGAGCACUGCGAGGGUUCUAAGGGCCGCUGUCGUUCACUGAGCAGUAGUGACUCCGCGGUCGAAACGAGUAAGGGCUGUUGCUGUCCGAGCCACUCGGAUAACUCGAAAUCGUGUUGGAAAACCAAGCGAAAGCAGAUAAUUCGGCAAAGUUCACAUGCUUCCGGCUUAAACGAAAACGCUAGGACAACCACAGAGGCACCAGCGCAAUCCGCAACAACAACGGCAGCAUCAGCGACUACAUCACAAUUGGCAAUAUUUCGCGGCCGAUAUGCAAGCUGCAGCGAGCAUACGCUUCUAGCCGGUCCACGAGAUGUGCCACAGAAGAGCGGGCGUGUGUACAAAAAGACCUCGACAUCGCUGCCAACAACGCCGAACUUGAGUCAUUUGCGACGGCCGAAGCCGGUGCAAUACCAGAAGCUAUCGCUGGAGUCCGCGGAUAUCGAUGAUGUGAGACAGUUGACGCGUACGCCGAGACAGACGUAUGCAAACAGCCUGCAACAGCUGCAGAUUUCAACAAAGAAGUUGCAAAAUACGACGAGCGAAAGGGGCUACACGCUGUUGGGGCAACAGCACGACCAAGCGCACCAACCAGUACGAGAGCAACAGCAGCAGUCGCUGCCGCUGCAACAGCAAAUGAUCAUUGGCAAUGUACUGCCGGCAUUGGCAGUCCAUGGUGAUGGUACCAAUAAAAGGCGGCAUGUACUGGAAGUAGCGCAUACAAAGAAAAAUGAAUUUAUAUAUGCGAAUAACGACAACAACAAUACUAACAACGAAAAUUUGAAUGAGAGCGCAUCAGUUGAGCAUCUUCCCACUUUGACGCCUACGGCAUCGUCAACAGCUAGCGAUUUGGCAACACAACCACUGAUCGAUCAAUAUGCCAGCAGCCAGCCGAACGAUCAGAAUGAUCAAAAUAAUGGCCACGCGCCCUUAUUAUUAUCGCGGCUGCCAUCUCAGAUGCCACUGUCGGCUCCGCAAUGCUCAGUUAGCACAACGUCGACAAUACAAACGACUCAACCCGCCAACUCGGCCAACACGGCCCACUCGACAGUUGUUGCCAAAAACACUCUGGCCUUUUGUGAGCACUGCUGUGCAGAAAGAACUAGCAUGGCUAGCGGUGAUUAUUCUCAGGGCGCAUACGCCGAGCGCACGCGAAAUUUCAGUGAUGAGGACUACGCGCGAUGUUAUCGCGAGAACACCGAUUCAGUCUCCGAUCUGUCGUCGUACCGAUUCGUUUCCGAUGAGGAUGAAGUAAGCGCGUGCAUCGCCGCUAACGAAACAGCUGUCACAGAGAAUAAUUCCAACAACAAAACUAAACUUUACAAUAUCAAAAGAAACAACAGCAAUAAUAAUAACAACAACGUAGCACAAGACAGAAUAUUAGCCAAAAACUGUCGCAUUUUAUCUCCCGAACCGUCGCGCCAGCAAACGCACUCGCACUCGCAUUCGUGUUCGUGUACGUCCCCGCCAACGUCGCCGCCGUUGUCGCCAUCAUUGUCGGCGCGAACGAGUGGUCUGUUGCCAACAUUGUUGACACCCGCCGCCACACAAACGACAAAAACAACAGCGUCGCGUCGUGCUUCCCCCGCCAUUUGUUGUUAUACAAUUGACAAACCCGUCAGCGUGCAUUAUAACGCGACUGUUUUGGAAUACGUACCAAAUGAAACAAAUACAUUCUUAGUAACACCUACGUCGGGGCAGAUAACCGCAACAGCUCAUCUGCCAAUUCGUGGCACUGACACUGCUAGGAGCGCCUAUACUUUACCGUCGGAAGCGCGCGACUCUAGCGAAUUCCCAUGUCAGGAGGGUCUCCUAUCGACGUCUUUACCCAGCGAUUAUGGUAGUGUGAGGAGCGCUGCCAAUCACUUGCAGCACACGCCACAGUCGUCAACAAAAUAUAAGCCCCCGCCGCCAGAACCACCUCCCAAACCAAAGCACGAAGCAAGAACUAUCUAUCAGACAGCAAUUUAUUCGAGUUCAAGUGCGUCAGUACAAGACCAACUGGGUGUGUUGGAGACGCGAUUCCACAACGGCGAGCAGAUUUGUAGCAAUGGUCAAAAUAUCCAAAGUAAGGUAAAAAAGUUUGAACAUACAAGCGCCUUGAUUGAGCCACAAACGCAAAGAUCUUCAAGCUAUCUAUCGCCUUUUAUUCCCAAAAGCGUAGGAAAUUAUACGCUUAAUGAGGAUUCCAACAGAACCGAGGAACGUUGGUCACAAUCGUUGCGCUCUCUUGAACGCUCCGUUUCGCCAGAGCACUGUGAGCUGUUGAGUUGCUUUGGAACGGUUAAAAAUACCCGAAGCGAGUCCGCAAACACCACAACGAAAAUAAAUAAGCACGACGAGCGACGAGCAGAUGACGCACGGCGAAGCAAAGAAAAUAGCCGCCACGGUGAAGACUGCUUAAAAAGGAAUAAUAGAGACAAUAACGACGACAAGGAAACGAAAUUUGUCGCGCGUAGCUUAAGCGAAAGCAGCUGUUCGGUGUCGGUGGCAACGUCGAUUGCCAAUGAAAAGUGUGCCAUCGAAAACAAAAAUAAUCAUCAGCAGCAGCAGCAACAAGUGCAAGCAUAUCCGCAGCAACCACGUCACCAACAAAAACAGUCACCCGUGCAACCACCAACACCACCGACACAUCACCAUAAUAAUAUUAAUAAUAAACGGCGUAAUUGUGGAGACUCCGAGCAAACUCAAGCGAGUGCAGCCAACGGGAAAAAAUCAGCGUCGACAAGUGUUAAUUCUGUCGCCACUGUAACUGACGGUGUGCUCGACGCGUCUGACACAUUUUACCCGCACACCGUGUUCAGUGCUGGCGGCAGCGCCUGUGGGGAGUGCAAUAACAACUACAACUGCAGGGCAAGGAGUCACGCGGAAUAUACGCGUUCGGUGCCCGCAUCAUCUGCAUAUCCUUUCACCGCAAGUUCGGAGUCGUCGUGCCAAAGUUCGCAAUCAUCAGUUGCCUACGUAACUUCGCCGUUACUGAAACACACGCUGCGCUACGAUAGUUACGGUCGUUUGAAGUCGGAACGCGUUUCGCGCCUUCCCACCAUCACCAGGUCACUAGCCAAUGGUCGCAAAGCGGCUAGUGAGACGCGUUUGCAUCGUGCAUAUCAAAAUGUCUCUACCACGUCUAAAUAUGACUUGCCCACAUCUUUGUCGGCCACCAAUAUUAAGCUAACACCGACUUUUUGUCGUAAAUUCAAUUAUUUUAGUGACAACUUCGAAAACUGUGUGGCCGAAUGUGAAGAAUUUGAGUCAGAAGUUGAAUCUACAGUUGUUGAAUGUGAGAACUCCCAGCAACAAAAGCGGGACACUAUUGAAGAAGUUGUGCAAAACCUUGUACCAGCUGUCACCAAUGCCGGACAAAUAGAAGCAAAUACGACAGAUGUAUCUCAAUCGGCACCUGUGCGUAAUGUCACCACUUGCCACGCGUUCGACAAAGAAUUGGACUUGAAUUUUACAAAGACAGUACCACCACAACAACAGAUCUAUAAAUCUUUUAGUGAUACUCAAAAUAACAAUAACAACAAUAUAACUGGGGGUAAAUCAAAACGUUUUUUUAGUGACUAUUCGCUGAAAUCGGACUUUGCCGAGUCAGACAGUAAUUUGCCGUGUCGGUGUUCUGUUAAGCAACUCGCAUCACUGACCGAAGCGAUAUCUCCCACUUCGCCAACGUCGCCGAUCUCAUUAAAGUCACCGAAAUCUUCUGGUGGUUUGAAUCAAAAGAAUUCACAAUCUCUGCCAAGUGUUCCACAGUCGAAUGGUAUACAAAGUCUAUUAUGGCUUAGUAGUGAGACCAUCGAAUCGUCGCGCGAGAAAUCUUUUGUCGACGAUUUGCAAUCGAAUUGUAGUGAUCAGACAACAAUCUUUCAUUUGGAUAACGAAUUUUCGCAUUCUGCUACAUCUUUGUCUUCGACUACACAAACCGCUACUGAGAGUGGUGGCAACACUCUACACAGACCUAUAGUGCUCAAACGCAUUCCAGCCAUACAAUCGUUUGGAUAUAGUCCAUCAAUCGAAACAAGCUCGCUGGGUGCUAAUGCGCCUGAAAACGACGAGAGGGAGAUUAAUAUGGAGAAGCGUAGAAAUACUUUGGAUCGUUUCCAACGUUUGGGUUUUGGUCGGAAGUCGACUCCAGCAUCGAGCGGUGCAUCAGCGGAUGGCAGUGGCUCGUCGCGAAAUCGAAAAUCGAACGAAAAAUCCGAAAGAUUAAGAGAACUAACUGAGCUACUGCGCGGAAAUAGAUCCUCGCCUACUCCACCACCUGUACCACCGCCACGUAAGCCCCGUAAUGGAUCACAUUCGGCGUCGAAUAGCUUGGAGCGGGCUGACACUCAAGGACAUGCGCCCGCAGUGAGGACUGCUUCUGCCGGCACCUACUCCAUUGAAAGUGUCGAGCCGCCAACGUCAUUCACGUCAAAUCGCAUUGAUGAUAUCAUGUUGAUGGACCAGGAGGAGGACCAAGGUGCAAACAAGACGAAAUCAGGUGUUGGUGAUUGUGCAAAACAAAUCAAUACUUCCUCGCUUGUGGCAUCAACAGCAGCAGGAGAAGAUGUAGGUAUGCCAACUGGAGCAGCAGCGGCACAAGCAUCAACAAACCGUUUAUACGAUACACUCAAACCAAAUACGAGUCUGUCGAAUUUCGAAUCGUUAAUGAGCAGAGAGAAAUCAAAGUCGCCGCCGCCGCGAUCUUUUGCUAACAUCGUUGCGAGUAGCGCUGUGAAUGCGGACGAUGCGCGACUGGCCGACAGUUCAAGUAUAGCUACGAAACUGGCGAGACCAGAAUCUCGCACGGUAAUCGGUUCAUAUACCCAAAAGGGUAUACCGUUUCGGUCGGCGUCGUUUUCACAAAUUGACCUUUCGUCUGGAAAGUACAAAAAGUCUUCGUGGAGCGCAUUGCGUGAUCGGUUGUGGCGUGACAAAGUUGUUGGCUCAGUUGAUUCAGCGACCAAUACGAAAAAGCCAAGUAACAGUGAAGAGGCGAGAAACUGCUUGACUCCUGCAGUACAAAUCGAAGGGAAAGUGAAGUCCGAACCCGAUUGGAUUUACAUUCCAUUGAAGAAGAAAUCCGAAAUGAGUAUUAAUUUAAACUACGGUCAGGAUGUGAAGAGUUUAGAAUCGCCAGACGUUAUACCGGAGGAAGACAUAUUUAAUACCGAUUUGGAACACGCAUCGACUACUACAGAAGACUGCAGUGCUGAAGUUUUACAGCACAACCUUGUUAUUGCGCACGCGAAAAUGGAAUCGUUGACAGAUACAAUACAAUCUGAAAAUGACUACACCAUUGAUGCGAAAGAAGUUGCGGUCUCUAUUGAACCAGUGCCGGCAGUUGUGGAGGCGGCGGAGGGCUUAGUUGAAAAAGCCGAAGUGAUUGAACAGCCGACCAUUCUAGAACCCAUUAUCGCCGAUGUUAUCGAACCAAAUGUAGCCACGUUAGUGGAAGAAAGAAUCGCGUUGGAAUCUCCGCCAGACAAUUUUCUGCAGACGGCUACUACUUGUCUAAUACCGGUGCCAGUGUAUGAAUGUGCUGCACAGGAUUGGCGCUUAGAGAACCCACCACAGGAGUGGGUGGAAGUGCAACCUGAAGAGUUUGGCAUUAUACCGGAAACAAUAGAGCCACUACACUCACUAAACGAUUGUGUGAAUGUGAAACCUAUACCAAAAACCGCGCAGGAGUAUCGUGUGGAAAAUGUACCGACGAUCUCAGUUAGCCGUUCCUCUGAAGAGGCAGAUGAUAAAUGUAUUUUGAGAAGAAAAGACACGUUCGACGAAGAAUUCAGUGAUCUCGUAGAGCGCCGUCAAGCUUCAAUAGAUACUGCAGAGCUUAGUAAACGCUAUAGCCAAGACGAUAUAGAUGUCGGAAAGGAAAAGCGAGCAUCAUUUGAUGCAAUCACUACACGACACAGUGCAGACGAACGUAAACGUAUCGAUAAGUCGAAACGAAGGAAGGGUAUGUACAUUGACAAUGCUGCGUGGAAUGAAGCUGAUAGUGUAGAGGCGCACAAUCGAGGUCUGGCACUGGACAUUUCAUUAGCAACCAACAUGAAUGUGAUUAAGCCGAAUACAUCGGAGGAUUGUGGUAUUAUGUAUAUCAAUAGUCCACCCACUGAUGAAAAUAGAACCCCAGGUUCGCUAUACUCACCCGAAAUAAAUACUCCCGAAUCUGAUAAACCACUAGUUUGGACAAAAGCUGAUCGGCUUACUAGUUUUAGCUUGCAAAGUUCCGAAGAGAAGGAUGAAUUACAGAGUGGGAGCCUUAGUGCGGAUUCGGUGUCUGACAACGAGAGCGAUCGAGGUACAUCGCAAAGUCGACAACGUGCCAGCCCCAGCCCCGUUCCAGGCGAUUACGAUUUCAAAAGAUUUUCUAAACGACCACUACGUGGACCAUAUGGUCAAAUGUUGGAGAAGGAAAUGAAAAAGCCUAAUAAAAUGCACUACGAGGAAAUUUUAGAAGACCUUCGGGAGUCCGAGAUCUCAUCGCAACCACGUCGCCCACGUGCCGCCUACGAUGACUCCAGCGCCCUUACAACGAACACAGCGCGUAACAUACCUCACCAUUCGAACUCGAUGCGAGUUCGCAAGUCGAACACAUACCUGCCCGUACCUGCUCACACGCGUGCUGCGUCCACACCUUCCAAAAUAGAAAAUGUGAAUAAAGACAGCGGAAUCGGCAGCUUGGAUAAGAUAAAUCCACAUGAAAAACGUUAUCAAAGCACUUUGGAUAACUCCGUGACCCGCGGUGAUAAGAAUUAUCUUGAUGCAGGUCAUCAUUAUGCCCAACAACAUCAUCAUCAGCGUGAAAUAAAACGCGCAGCUUCCGAGGCUCCGGUCCCGAAAAGCCAUCACAGCAAACGCAGCCAGUCUAUGAGUGGUGAGAAAACAGCCUCAGGCGGCAAUCACAUAGCACAUCAAGCGAAGCGAAGCCUCGAUGCGACCACUGGCGCAGGUGCCAAGACCAAAAGCGGCGCUGGUAAAAACACAACUGUGGUGCCGUCACAGGAGCUGCUGGCCGAGUUGCUGAAAGGCUCCAGCGAAAAGUUGAUAUCUGAGCAGAGGAAACAAAUGGCUGCGGACACACGUACACAUGUGGUGCAGGAGAUCUUACGCAAUGAACAGUCUUAUGUCGAGUCACUGCAAACAAUCGUCUCAAAAUAUUUUAAGGUACUCAAGUCUCCCGAACAUGCUGGCAUGAUCGAUACUCGCACCGUGGAUGAGAUAUUCUUUAUGGUACCCGACAUACUGGAAAUACACCAAAAAUUCCUGGCUGAGUUGAAAUCGCGUUGGGAUGGUUGGGAGGCAAACCAAAAAGUUGGCGAUGCUUUUCUGGAAACGUUUUCCAAGUUGGAAGUUUUGGAGGUGUAUACAUCGUUUGUGAAUAACUGUAAUCGUGCCAAGAAUGCUAUCCGCUCUACGAAACAUCAGCGACCCUCGUUUGCGAAAUUCCUAGAAAUGACUGCACGUGAGCAUAAAGGCAAAUUAACCCUGGACAAUUUGCUCAUCAAACCGGUGCAGAAAUUUCCAAAUUACGAAAUGCUCUUUCAAAGACUCAUAAAACACACCGAUCGCGAUCAUCCCGACCAGAAACAUCUGCAGGAUGUGCUCAAGCUUGUUCACGAUAUACUUGUCCAUAUCAAUUGUAAAGAGCGUGAAAUUCUCGAAAAUGGUCAACGCGAGGCGACAUUGCGUGAACUUGAGGGCGUUAUCGAGGGCAUAACAGAUCUGAUAACAUCCGAUCGACAGUUUCUACUUUUCGAUUUGGUUUCGAUGCCAUCGGGUCAAGGGGCGCGUAAAGAGCGUGGCUUCUUUCUCUUUAAUGAUCUAUUAGUGUUGACGAGCAUCAAGAAACGCAGCGGCACAAUACGAAAACCCAACCCUUCUACCUGCCCAGGUACCGUGGCCUCAACACUGGAUACCAACAAAUAUAAGUUCCUUACCAAGAUCUCGCUGGAUUGCUUAGAAAUCGUGAAGACGAAAGAUGAAAAUGUGAAGCGCAUAAUGAACGAAAUCGAAAAUUUAGCCGAAGACUGUAAUAAGUUACAACAAAUCGCCGAUGUCACUGCAUCACUCAAGUAUCCACAUCAGUAUCUGGAGGAUGUCAUACGUGAAUUACUGCGAGAUGUACAGCGUCAGCUAUCGGAGCGUCAGACCAAUGACACACAAUUGAAUAUGCUGGAUCUGCUGGUUAACUCACCGAAUGGAAGUCAGAAACUCUCGAUCGUCUUCAGCAAAGCUGAGAAACGCACACAGUGGGAGGAGACCUUCAAUGAAGCUAAACAGAAGUUGGCUGCCACUCUCGAGCGACAUCCCAUUCCAGAGUUUCUGAUGUCCAUACCGAUACGUAAAACCCGCGCUGGUUUACAGUUCACUUGUGCCGCAGCAACGCUCAGCGAAAAGCGAGACGUGUGGGUGUGCAACAGUGACGGCUAUGUGGGCCAAGUCUGCAUAAUGUCCCUCUACCCGGAACCGAACGUCACUAGCUGCAAUGGCGUCUGUAAUGCGCGCAUUCUUUGUGUAGCCUCCGUACCCGCCUACAAUUCGAGCAAUAGAAAUUCCACAGGCAGUGGAACGCAGCUGCAACAACAGGCACAACAAACGCUCCCACGCAGCGCCAGCACCACACCGCAGCACAGUUACACACAACAAUUGCGCGAUUAUCGCAAAAGCAUUUCUCCGAACUUCCAGCCGCCCACAAUGAUUGGUACACCGGAGAAGAAAAAAACGCCGUCGGCACCGACAGCUGGCGUGGUGAACCCCAUUGGCACCUGCGCUGGUAAGGACAGUGCAAAUGGUGACGCUAGCGGUGACAACCAACUGGAUUUGAAUCUCAGCUCCAGCGAUGACGAAACCGACACAGCUCUAGCGAACGCCAGCGGCUCUGUUGGCGGCACCGUCAACACUGACAGCGGCACAAUUGAACGCGUACCAAGUCCGGCGCCGUCAACACAGACAAUCGCCUCUAUGACAUUGCCGGGUAGCAGCAGCAGUGGCACGCCAUCGCACCACUCACAUCAAGACUCGAAUCCGGAUGAAGGAGAAGGCAAUUUAUCAACAAUGUGGAUCGGCACUGAAGACGGUUGCAUUCAUGUCUACAAUAGCACCGAUAAUAUACGCAUCAAGAAGAACCGCAUAAAGAUCGAACAUCAGUCGGCUGUGUAUUCCAUAUUGUACCUAGACAAUAGGGUUUUUGUCUCCCUAGCUAAUGGUGACAUUUGUGUUUACUUGCGUGAUGGUGUUGUCUGGAAUACCAGUUCGUCGCACUGUCUUUCAAUCGGUACUGUAACAAGUCCCGUUACGAAGUUGCUGAAUGUGCAUGGAAAACUAUGGUGCUCCAUACAAGGCAUCAUAAAGGUUUUAGAUACAGAGACUUUGUUGGUGGUAAACCAAAUACAAAUCUCAUCUGAUUCGAAACCUAUUACCAACAUGACGGUGUCGAAUAAUUACGUGUGGAUUUCGAUACAAAAUUCGGCACAUAUCAAGUGUUUUCAUUCCAUGAGCCAUCAGUUAAUAGCCGAAGUUAACUUAGCGCCAGCUGUGAAUAAAAUGCUCUCGAAUUGUGAUGAGAUUAUACGCCAGCACAAGGCCGCCUGUUUGCGUGUCACCUCGCUGUUGUCCUGCCGCGAUCUCAUUUGGAUUGGCACCAGUGCGGGCGUGUUGCUCACCAUACCAGCGCAAGGCUUCGAGAAGGGAGUACAAACUGUGGUGCCCACUGGCAUUCCACACGGCCACACCGGUCAUGUGCGUUUCCUGACAUUCGUAGAGACGAGUGGUCUCAGUGCAGAAGGCAGCGGCAGCAGUACAGGGUCCACGGGACGCGAUAACGACAGCGCUGUGAGCAGCAAUGAAUACAGGAGUCAUAGUUCCGCGAAGCAUAUGAAACCGAAAGCGGAAUCGAGUACCAUACUAGUGAUAUCCGGCGGUGAUGGCUACGAGGACUUCCGCAAUUCGGGUGCAAAUUCGUUAAGUGAAAUCGCCGGCCGCGAAGACAGCACCAAUCAUUUACUGAUAUGGCAAAUUUGAAGUAGGCGACGCAAGAACCGUUGGAAGGAAUUGCUUUCACGGUGGAAAAACAACAACUAGUGGUGGCAGCGUAGUCCGGGCGGAUACCGGCGAAAGCGUGGAAUCAAUCGACACACCAGCACGAGCAUCUAAAAUGCGACGUUGCAGCGACGAGCGAUUCUCACGAAACAGGUGCGAUUUUAUAUUGCGUAACAAGCUUCGCAGGAGCCGACCGUUCACUACACAAGGAUAAACACAACCCCCAAAACAAACACACAAAUAAACACACAAAUCGACGAAGUUGUUGGGUAAUGUGAAUGGACAAUUUAUAAUUUGCGAUUUCGAGAUAGAGAUUUUGUGAGAGAGUUUAAAUUUUUUACCUUUUUUGGCGGGAAAAGUGCGCGAAUGUGCGAAAAUGGAAAAUGUGAGAUUGGCAGAUUAUAGUUGCUGAGAAACUUACCUUGGCGUCUAUCAUUGGCGGCACUUUCGUCACGUGUGCCGAAUUCAAACACAACAAUUCGAAAAGAGAUCGUGCAAAACGCUUUUAUCAUUAGGAAAACCAAACAAUAUUUGAAAUCGUGUGUACCUUCAUACCUAUUUACAUUUUUAUAUAUGUAUAUGUAUGUGCAUGUAUAUAUGUAUACAGGCAAAUGGUGAUUGUGAAGUGUUUAUUCACAAGAUUUGAGAAUUUGCCUAAAAUCGAAACCUCUUUGCUCCAUUCUAAACAGCUGUUUACAACAUACUCGUACAUAGCUGCAAUACAUACAUACAUACUUACUUACAAAUAAGGUUAAGAACAAUAUUCCUAUACAUAUAAAUAUAUUUACAUAUUACUUGCAUACAUACACACACAUAUUUUAAUUACAUUUAUAGACUAAAUUACCGCACACACUUUUAUAUGGAAGAACCGUUAAAUACUUGCGCACACGUGUGUACAUGCAAAAAAGGCAAAUAAAACACGAAAAAACGGAAAUAAUAAAUUUUAUUGAACUGAAACUGAAUAAUGUGCCAAAAUGUGUUUCCUUUGCUAUAACAAUUGUAAAUUAUCAAAUUUCAAACAAUAUACAUAUGUAUAUGUAUAUACAGGCAUACACUAAUUUAUGUACAUAUAUAUGUAUCUAAACAAAAUGUUCAAUGGCGGCGCAUACAUACAUACGCAUAUUUGUAUGUAUUGGAUUUAGACAAAUCAGCUCGGACAGCUCCAACUUGUGGCGCUAGAGCGAGAAACUAUUUUCCUGAUUUAAAAAACAAAAACAAAAAGAGAAACAAAAACAAUCUUUUUUGUAUAUUAAGCAACUUAAAAACGUAGCAGAAUGUAUAAAAUAUAUAUGUACAUAUAUACUAUAUAGUACAUAAUAACUGUAUAAAUACUACUUACAAACAAAUUGAUUGAGAACAAACAUACAUACCUAGAAAAUUAUAUUUAAUGGGCGCAACGGCAGAGUCCCGGAAAUACUUAUAAGUAUGUGUAUUUGAACCGAUUGAACAAUAAUUAAAUAAAUCUACUAUUUAAGCACUAUUUACAAUAAACAUUAACUAAGCUGAAACUAUUAACAAAUUAUACUGGUAAUUGUUUAAAAUAAAAUAUUAAAUAAUUAUAUAAAUUAUAUUGAAGAUUAUCAUCAUUGAAGCUACAAAGUUAAAGUUAAUAAAACUGUAAAAACAGAACUCUUACAAAAUUAAGUUUUCCAGGGAAAUGUUAUGUAUAGCAUAUAUAAGGAGUGUUAAGGAACUGAAGUUUCGAAACUCACAUGUGUGAUUCAGUGAGACAUUGCAAAGCAAGCUUGACUAAGCUGGGAGUGGUGUGAGAUACAUGAGAUUUCGAAAGCAAAAAUCAAAAGUAGUUGAAUUUUCUUUUAAAAAACUAAACUGAUAAGUGUUAGCCGCAAGUCUAAAUGUUUAAAGGUCGCCUCUUUGCCUGUAACCAGUGAAGGAUCGCGAUUUGAAACCCAAACCCAUUUUUUCCACUAAUUAACUGAACUCUUAAGGGGGCCGCAAUUUUCCGCAGCUUUUGGAACUGAAAACCGAACCACUUUUUAUAAAGGUUAAGGGUCGGUGCAACAUUUUUACUAACUGUAAAUUUAACUUUAUACAAUACAUAUUCAUUUAGCUUAAUUGACGCCUGUUGCGGUGCUCGGAGAAAUAUAAUAAAAGAAUCUGCGAAAAGUUUCAUAAAUUCUGUGCCAAUGGGAUACUUUGAACUUCACGUUUGUCUGUACAUGCACACACACAAACACUUAAGCAUUCUCUAUUAAAUGCUGGGUUUCACUUAUAGUGUUCUAAAAUAAUUAUUUAAUCUUUUUUGUUGUUUGUUCAGAUUUGCAUUUAGUAAUUAAUUUGUAUUUUGUUGUGGGAGUUCACAUAUUUUAGUUGUAUUGUCGUGUACAAUUGUUUUUAAUAACUUGUAAAAACAAAUACUUAAAUAUACGGGAUAAUACUAAGGCACUUCAGUAACUGGACAAUCGCAAAAGUUUGUGUUGCAAGUCUUCCACUUACAAGAAACUAGAAAAUUUACAACACUCACCAGAAAUGCCUUUCGCUAACUGUUAUGUUAUGUUUCUAUGUUUAACACUUAUGUUAUGCUUGUUCCUUAGAAUUCAACAUAAUAACGGAGGCUUUGUACUCUUGCCGAUAAUUAGACCACAAUCAUCCAUUUAGUUGCUUUUAGAUUCUUAGCAGUUCCGAAAGCGCCCAAUGAUUUUGAUCGGCCAACCAUACAAGUUGAAGAUCCACCGCUACGACACCCAGUUCACUUAGAUAAUAUGUAUAUUGUAGUAUACAUAUGUAUAUCUUUUAUUAUACUUGUUGGCACUGAACUCUGCUUUCUCUAGCUUUUUGUCGGCAGGAAGCGGUACCGAUAUCGGGUUUCCCGAAAAGUUGUUUGUUAUAACACCGAGGGUAUUUUUGAAGAUUGUCGAAAUUGUCCUUUCAUAAUGAUCAGCAAUAGGUGAUGCAUCACGCCACUUAAGCUUUAUAAAAUUUUCCAUGUAACCUUAAACUCAAAAGAGUGUCUGCGACCGAUUUGUUGAGAAUUAUUUAUAAAUAAUUGCACAUCUAUUAUUGUUGUGAUUUUGUAGUGGCAUGACGCAAUGAUCAAGUAUUGUCGAGGUGGAAGUCAAAUAGGGGUCAAUCAAAUUAUAUACGUAGAUCAGACUAUUCUUCUUCAAAAAUGAUGCUUUCGCUUAAAGUAUAAAGUAUUUGAAACCUUUCUCAGCACAUAAAUAACUGUUUCAGAGAAAUUAGGUUCCUGUCGAAUUCUUCGGUUAAGUCUUCAGAUUGGGGUUUUGCGGCAAGUUUCCUUCAACAAGAGGUAAACAUUCUCUCCAAGUUAAAAAAAAGAAACAUUUAAAUUAUUGUAAUAUUAAGUUUUUUUCUGUUCAGUAACCUGGCAGAUGUUGUGGUUCAGUUGGGUUUCCUGUUAUGUUGAAACACCCGUUAUUCCCGUCAUUUUUGUGUGCACUCGUGUACAUACAUACGACCAUCUCACGUAUCUUCAGAACUACUAAAACAAACAUACAUACAUACAUUCAUACAUAAGUAUAUGGACAGACAAUUUAUAUGUAUAGAAAAAAGUAAGGAAUUUAGAAUAAAACAUUAAUAUACUUAAUAUAUUGAAGUUGGUUGACAUUAACGGAAUAUUGAAUUAAAAAUUAAUCUAAACAAUUAAAAAACACAUUCGUAAAUCAAUGUAAACUUAACGAGUUAAAUGCAUAAAUGUUUAAACAAAUACCUUUGCUGCUGAAUCUUAAUCAAACAAGCUAAACAACAACAAAUAAAACAACCAUAUUAAACAAACCGUUAAAUUUUAAAUAACAUUUAUUGCAUUGAUAUUUUACCGGAACCAAGAUGAAUAUAUAAAUAUACAAAUACAUACAAACAGUUGUAAAUUGAAGCCAUAGCCGGGCAAAAGAAAAUAUUUGAAAAUAAUUGAAAAUAUUUAAAGUUUCUAACAGAAAAAUAAACGGUUGUUUUCUAAUUUUCUAUGAAGCAUACAUUUGAUAUCAUCAUUUUAUUGGAACUUUUAAGACUUUACAUUAAGAAAUUAAAACCAAAAUGCAAAUUUAAACGAGCAAAGACUUGCAAAAAAAAAAUAAAUAAAUCAUAAGCAAAUAAUUAUGUACAAUUGUAUUGAAAAUUGUAUUAAUUAAGUACGCAUGUAUGUAAAUUUGUAAUUUUUAACGGUAAAAUCACUUACUUAAGGAUUUUCGUGUGUGGCAAAGUUCAAAAGCAGUUUCGAAGUACUUCUACAUAUUUGUACUCAUGUUUUUGCGCAUUUUGUAUUCGAAAUCGAAAAUCUCACUCCACAAAAAAAAGCUAUUUUCUUAUUUUUCACUUCACUUCACUUUAUGUACAUAUGUACAUCUAUACAAAUCUCUAUCUAGACUUUUUUCUAAAGCAUACUUACCUGCUAACUCGGGCCUCUCUUCAUUUGCUUUGAGAACCUCAGUGCUUGCACGUACAUAUCUGAACUUUUGUGUCCGCUUUCACUUGCACUGCUAACGGUAUUGGCAUGAGCCUCAAGAAGAGCUGCUUGAGCUUCCAAACUCUCAAUACACGUACAACUUAAAGCAUUAUAUGGAGUACUUACACCAACAACAGUGAGCAACAAUAUAUCUAUGCACACACAUACAUACAUAUGUAUAUAAGAGUGCACAUAUGUAUGUACUUUGAGCUACAUACAUUUGUAUAUACAUACAUAUUAUGUACAAAUGGCGGUUUUCAGCAGCAACAGAGGAGUUGAAUUUACCGUUAAGCCGAUAUACAAUAUACAAACUGGAGAAAUACCAUAAAAAAUAAUAAUAAAUAUUUGAUAUUUUCGAUGUGAAUUUAUUGCAUUCAUUUUGUGUAUGUAUUUGUAAUGUAAUUAGUUGGUAUUGUACUUAAUAAGAAGUAAUGUAAUGAUAGGCGAUGCGUUAAUGCGUUAAUUAAUAAUCUCACUUAGUACAUACAUACAUAUGUAUGUAUGUGCACACAUACAUAUUUACUUACUAUCUAUUUUAAAGAAGCCGAACGGAUUUGACGAAAUAUAUGUAUGUAAAUCGGUGAUUAAGUUAUUAUUGUUGUAUUGUAUAAAAAAUAAAUUAAGUGUUGUUAUAUUCUACAUACAAACAAACAUUUACUACUUAUAUAGUACAUACAUACAUACAUGCUCGCACACAUGGAGAAUACAUUGAUUAAUAUGUACCUAGACAUGUGCUUAUGCAAUUGUAUAUUUGGAGCGUUUUGAUAAAAUUGCAAUCUACCAUGUCAGUUCAGUUGAGAAUGUGGAGUGUUGUGAGGAGACGUGAGUGAAAUAAGUUUUGACUGCUGAAAUUUAAAACUAAUAAAAGCACAAGUGAUUUGGAAAGUGAUUACGGCGGCUGCUUACUGUAAGAACCGGUGAAAUAUUUAAUAAAAAAUAUAUUAAUUGAGUUGAUUUGUUUAUGAUGGA